AAUGUCCUGGAGUGUACCAUAUGCUUUAAAAGUUUUCAAAAUCCUAAAUCCCUCAACUGCCUUCAUAGUUUUUGUUUGGCCUGUCUGGAGGAUUGGGUAAAAAAAUCUGGAAAGCUGACCUGCCCAAUUUGCUUGAAGGAGAACCCCAUUCCUGAGGGCGGGCUUCACAAACUUCCUUUAAAUAACUUUCUGAAUAACUUACAAGAAAUAAUUGAACAACUUGAAAAAAAAGAUGACAUGAAAUGUGUUUGUGGAAUAAAGGGAAGGCUACACACUACUGCCAGAAUUGCAAAAACUAUGUGUGCCCAACUUGCAUUGAGCAACAUAUUUCCGACCAACAUAUUUCAGACCACCACAAGCUACUUAAAGUGGAGGAUGUGCAAUCAAUGAAUUCUCAAGAAUUUGUUUCACUACAUCUUCCAUUGUGUGACAAUCACAAGGAGCCUUUGAGAUUUUACUGCAUAAACUGUAAAAUUCCAAUAUGUACGUCUUGUACAGUAGUAGGCCACAGAGAAUGUGAAGGAAAACAUAAACCAGUUGAAAUUUCAGAAGCAUUUCAACAGUUUCAAAAAACUGCUACAGAAUUAAAAGAAGCUGUUAAUCAAUUUACAGACAAAAUAAAAGAUAGCCUUGAAGCAGUUAAUCAGAAUAAUACAAAACUAGAACAAUGUCAAGAAACCAUUAUGAAAGAUAUUGACAAGCUUAUGCAAGAAGUUAUCAAUACAAUCAAGGACAAAGGAAAUGACGUGAAGGAUCAAGUACACAAAAUCUACAAAAGGAAAAAAGAUGUUAUCAACAUGCAAAUGGAUGAAUUGAAAACAACAAUAUCUGAUGCAAAUAUAAAACUGACUUAUCUCAAUCAGUUAUUGAAGAGUAAUGAGGUAGUAGCGAUGCAAUCAAGUGACAUGGUGAUUACAGCACUGCAGGAUAGAAUCAAAGAAAUUCCACGAACACAGCCAAAUGAUAAUGGACAAAUUUACUUCUUUGAAAACAGUUAUCACAUUUCUUCACUGAAACAGCAUGAUAUUGGAAAUGUAACAGAGGAAAGAGCACCAGACUGCCUACAUUUAAUGACAGAAGAAGAAGAAGUGAUCCAAGGCCAGACAAUUAAAGUCAAAUUAAUUAACACAGGACUUAUAAUAGAUAAAAAUAUACUGAAGGCAACAUGGACGCAGCCUUCAGGGAAUACUUGCAUGAUUCAACAUGAAGAAACUGUCUAUGGAAACAUAUUUUUCACAAGAAAAUGCAAAAUUCCAGGUGUUUACAAAUUAAAUGUGAGUCUUGAUGAUGAACCAAUCAAAUAUUCACCAAUGGCAAUCACAGUAGAGAAGAAAGGACUAAAGAAUACCAUUAAAAUACACCAAGAUAUUGUUUCAGAUGUAGUUUUGAGUAGAGAUGAUUGCUUACUGGUUGCUUGUCAAACAGCAGACAUUUUCAAGUAUAAGAAAUCAGGAAAUUAUAUUGACAAGUCUACACUACCAGAAGGUGUGAAAGUUAACAGAAUGUGUAAAAUGACAAAUGGUGACAUAGCCUUUAGUGAUUGCGGUAAUAAAUGCAUCACAACCAUAAAUGAAAAUGGUGAGGUGAUUAAAUCAAUUGGAGAGGGAGAACUUACUGACCCACAGGGUAUUCAUGUGAAUGAGUCAUCAAAUGUUACGUACGUAGCAGAUAGCUGUGUGUUCAUGUUUGACAAUGUUAGUGGCCAGAUGAUCCGGAGGAUCUCAAGAAUGAACACCAAUGAUGUCACUUUUACAAAAGGAGGAAACAUGACCUUACUACAAAACUUAGGCAAUUUUAGAUCUAAAAUUUUACAACACCAUGCAUUAAAAUUACUUGAUAACAAGGGAAAUGUUUUAAAACUCCUUGUCAGAUCAGGUAUUAGAGAUGGUAGAUUACUGAAUUCACAAGGAGUUGUAGUUGAUGAGGAUGACAACAUCAUUGUAUCGAGUCAAAACAAACUGCAAUUAUUCAGUAGUGAUGGAACUUUCAUCAAACGAAUUGAUAAUGAAGGUGAAAUCAACAAUUCAUUAGGAUUAUGUAUAAUUUCACACCAUCCAAGAAGAGUUGCAGUAGCAAACAAUGGACAUAAAACAAUACAAAUAUACAAUUACUAAUUGAUAGCAUACAGUUUAUCUCAACAAGUUGAUGUACAAAAUGUUAGUAUGUUGGCAACAAGAUGAGUGUAAACAAAAUGUUGGCAUGUGGGCAACAAAAUGGUAUAACAAAAUGUUGACAUGUUGGUAACAGGAUGGUUUAAACAAAAUGUUGGCAACAAGAUGGGGUAAAAACCUGUUAGAAACAAGGUUGUGUACAAAGUAUUAGCUUGUUGAAAACCAGGUAGUAUAAACAAUUUUAUAAACAAGGUGGUGUAUAAAAUGUUUAAGCAACAAGAUGGUUUAAACAAUUUUAGAAACAAAGUGGUGUACACAAUGAUUAUCAAAUUUUCGUUGACAAAAAAUAGUGUAUGCCCAUAUUUAGUCAUGAUGUGCCUAUAUAUAGUCAUGAUAUGAUGUCAUCAUGACC